AUGCUUUAAUAUGCAAUUAGCUCGGAGCGGAGAGGCAGCAGGCAUCAGCUCAAGGGGGCAACUUGACAGCGACAAGACGCAGCUCAUUCAUUUUUCCGGGCUUCAUGGAGACACCGGCUCCUCUGCGGCUGUCUGGACCGAGAGUUACUUCACUUUCUCCCGCUUUCCGCCGCUGAAACUUUUCCCGGCUGCGGCACCAUGGACCCGCUACGGACGGACACCGGCGCUUCGGUACGGCAUGCAAAUACGUACUCUGACGUCGGCGAUCAUGUGGCUUUUGGCGUAGAUCCUCCUUGUGAUCGCCAAUUUUUUCUUUCCUGUCGCCUGUUGUCUGCUUGGUUAUUGGGCCGCCGCGACGCCACCUCGGCGCUUCGAACCGAUUUCGGGCUUUAGGAGCCGCUUUGGGAAUCUGACCGACACCACCUGAGCGUCGCGCCAAAAUAAACGGAGGGCAGGUACCGUCCUGUCAUGCAGUUCCAGGAGGUUGGCCAGCAGUGGAGCUGACACUGUCAGCGAGGCCAGCCGACACUACAGCAGCUCCAUCUCCAGCAGACCUUCACCUCCCACUGCCCUCUUCUCUCUCCAUCCGCUAAUUUUACCCCAGGGGAGGAUUGUUCUUACGCGCCCUUGGCUGCCGCGUCCAAUCUCAGAAACUGUCCAGUGCUUGCUACCUCCUCCAACAUAAAAGGAGCCUGGGCCUGUAUUUGCAUUCUGCUACAAGCCAGUCCUACUGGCGAUUCUUCAGCACCUUAGACUGUCUGUUCACUCUCAUCCUGCAUCCUGGGAACUUCUGCAGCAGCCGCCUUUACAAGAUCCGUGGCUGAGCACAAAGUGAAGGCAGCUGUGUACCAGAAAAUAACCAGGAUCUACCAGCAUCAUGUCGAGUCGACGUAAGGCCUCCACGCCCUGCAUGAUCCGCCCAGAGCAAACCAUGGUGGAGCUGGAUGAUGAUGCAGAGGAGUCGCACAACAUGGAGAUGACAACAGAGAGCCAUACUCAGAGGGAACCCAUGGAUACAGAUCUGUCAACACAAGCAGAGCUGUCGAUGGCUUCGGAUCUAAUGGGAAAGGCCUCGGACCCCCCUACAGCUCCUGACAAACCAGCAGCGGAACCACCAGACAUUUCAAAGCCUCAGCGUAGGCAGCAGGGGGGCUACGAGUGCAAAUACUGCCCCUUCUCCACGCAGAACCUCAACACCUUCAAAGAACACGUAGACGCCAACCACCCCAACGUCAUUCUCAACCCGCUGUACCUGUGCGCCGUCUGUAACUUCAACACAAAGAAGUUCGACACCCUGACUGAGCACAACGAGCGGUGUCACCCCGGGGAGAGCAACUUUAAGUUCAAACGCAUCAAAAUGAACAACCAGACAAUCUUGGAACAGACAAUAGAGGGCUGCAGCAACAACGCUGUCAUUUACAACACUUCUGGCACCAUUUCUGGCAAAGGGGAUGAAAUCGGCAUUUUGCCACUGAGCAAACCCAGCACAGUCAAGAUUGGUAAACCAAAAUUAAUGGAUAACAAACGGACAGAGUCUCAGUUGGCUAAACUGACCCCCGAUCUGGCUAAGAAACCAGUCACAGCGCUCAACGUGAACGGGACGGUCAUCAUACCGGAGUCGACUCUACUCAAAGCAGAUGGCCUUUCUCACAUCAUGCCUUCCCUACAGCGGCCUCUGAACUAUACCCAGGUGCCGAAGAUCGCAGUGCCCCUCAACACAACCAAAUACAACCCCUCCCUGGACGACAACCUGACGCUCAUCUCCUCCUUCAACAAGUUCCCCUACCCGACACAGGCCGAGCUGUCCUGGCUCACGGCCGCCUCCAAACAUCCAGAGGAGCAAAUCAAAGUCUGGUUCACCACACAGAGGCUCAAACAGGGCAUCAGCUGGUCCCCCGAGGAGGUGGAAGAAGCCAGGAAGAAAAUGUUCAACGGUACAAUCUCCUCCGUGCCUCAGACUUUCACCGUGGUUGCUCCUCAGCUCAGCUCCCAGCCGUCGACCAACCAGUCCGCACAAACGUCAUCGUCCAAGUCCCUGCAGUCGGCAGCCUCGGUCCUCCAGUCCCUCCCCUGUCAGCUGCUGGGACAGACCAGCCUCGUCCUGACUCCUGUCGCCAACGGAUCUACUGUCACUUGUGCACCUCUGGCUCUCACAGUGGCAAACCAGAUGGCCCAGUCGCUCAAACGACCUUUGGCCUCUCCUGUGAUCGCCACAGAGAGCAAGCGACCCUCCAUCAUUCAGACCAUCUCUGCGCCCAUGGCCACAUCCAAGCUGGCAUCACCCAGAGUGCUGAGUUUCACAGUUGACCCCAAUAAAACAGCAGAGCAGCUGUCAGUGCUGAGGUCCAGCUACACACAGUGUCCCUUCCCUGAGGAAGAUGAGAUCUACAGACUGAUAGAAAACACCGGGCUUUCCAGAGGAGAGAUUAAGAAAUGGUUCAGUGAGCAGAGACUCCUCAAUCUCAAAGGUGUUCCUCCGCCACCUGUGCUGGUGAAAGCAGAGGUAACGCCACCACCUAAAGACGGCCCAGUAAAGAAAGCAGUUCCCAACCAGUUCCCACUGCUGGAGAGAGUGAAGGGGAAAUCAUCAGAGCAGCUGAAGGCGCUGGAGGAGAGUUUCCAGAGAAGCAGUUCUCCAACAGAGGCAGCAUUAGACCAGCUGGCCCAGGAGACCAAGCUGUCCAAGACGGAGGUGGACUGCUGGUUUUCAGAGCGCCGGGCCCUGAGAGAUAACAUGGAGAAAGCUUUACUCAGCAUGGCCUCCAAGAACUCGGAGGAGCGAGCCGAGCGGCCGGGAGCGCUGCUGAACGGGGCUUCACACCGAGAGCAGGACGGGAAGUCUCUGCGCUCCUCCCCUCACCCGCCCGUCCUCUCAUCUUCCUCCUCCUCCUCCUCCCCUCCUGUGCUCGCAGCUUCCUCCCCCCGUCCACCGACCCACUCCUCAUCUGCGUCUCCGCCCAUCCUCACUUCAUCUUGCUCCUCUUCCCCUCAUCCUCCCAUCCUGUCGGCCUCCACAAGCCCAGCUCCCAUCAGCAGCCGCUCGCUCGCACUGCUCAGGGAGAUGUUCUGUCGGACCCAGUGGCCGUCUCCUGAGGAAUACAGCCAGCUGGAGGUCCAGACAAGCCUGGGACGCACCGACAUUGUCCGCUGGUUCAAGGACCACCGCUCAGCGCUGAAGAACGGUGAAACUCUAGACUGGAUGGAAGGCGUCCAGAAUCAAAACUUUGCUGAGCAGCAGAAAGCCGACCAGGAACAGAACGGUCAGAGUUCUGAGAAAAACCAGAGCGUUUCCUUGGAAGACAAGACUUUGAAAGUGGAGGAGGCUGGUGAGAAGGUAGCAGCUACAGAGCACUCCAAACAGUCUGAGCAAGACAAAGUCGAGUGGUUGACUGACAGGUUGUCCCACCAUGUGACGGACCUGAGCCGGACCAGGCCGGACCAGACCGGCUCAAACAGCGCUGACAAAGGGAGGUGGGUAAAGGUGACUGUGGCAGUGGGGGAGGAGAGCGAAGGAGGAGUGGAAAGACCGAGGCUGGCAACGGACACUGACGUUCUGACCUUGGAGCAACCGGGGAGGGUCACUGGUUGAUGGUAAAGUAAAUCAUUGACUGCUGAGUCACCAUGAGACAACGCAAGACGACCAAACCAGGAACCAGUGAUGUAGGUGUCAGCCUGUGAUGUCAUCACAAAGCGACAGGGACUUUGGAGUUCCGCUGUUAAAGCACUGAUGCGAGGUGCAGACGCUGACAUUAAGAGGAGUGCCAAAGCUGGACUUGAUGCAUUGUUCUUACUACUACGCUUUUUUUUUUUUUUAAAGAAACACCCCUUGUAAAUACUUUUCUGUAUUACAAAAAAAGUUUGUACAGUUUUACUGGGAGGGCAAGUUUUGUUACAUUUUUAAAAAAAAGUCUGCCUGACUGUUGCCCUGAAACCUGGAAUGUUUUUCGUUGUUGUUGUUUUCAAAGAUCAAAGUGUAAUAUAGUCUGUUAUUUGAUGAAAAUCAGUCCUAUUUUUUUGAAUAUCAUACAUGCGCACUACUCAUUAUGAGUAGGCUUUGAUGGCACUUGCAUAUAUCCUCAUGGUAGUGGUAGAUAUCCUCAUACUAGGCCGCUUCAUCACAAACUGUAACUCUUCCUUCUCUCCUGCAGCGUCACCUUAACUUGCCCUCACAGAGUCAUAUAGGUGGUGGUUGUAAAUCACUUAGAAGUGCUAGAGGGGCAAGUAGAAGGAUGUUUUGGGCAAUCUGAACACACGGCUCACUGCUGAGAGACGAGAGAAUGAACACAAACAGCCAUAUGGUCAGACCAAGGCUAACAGCGUUAGGACGGAUGAAUGAACACACUGUACAUCCUAAAUGCCAGAAUCUUUUCUCAUGAGCUGUUUCUUGCAUUAGUACCUGAGGCUAAAACAGAAUGUUCGCUUUCCUGAUAUAGCAAUUAUUAAUUACAGAGAGCAGAAAGUGGAGUGUCUGUUCGAUCACACCAUGCUGCCUUUUCAGCUCCUAUCUAGCAUUUCCUGUCUGCCUCAGAGGUGGGUGGAUUACAUGCUGGUUGACGAUUUCAGCUUGUUUUAAAAACUUGAAAUAUUCUUGACUAAACUCGCCAAGAGCAUACUGGUGAAAACGCAUGACAAAAUAAUCCUUUAUUUGAGCCAUUUCAGAUAUCCAUUUUGCUCAGCUGUGUUAUGUGAACACACCUCAUCUUUUCUCUUUCCAGCUCUAGGUAGGUUCUUCUGUUCCAAGUGGGACAGUCCAUUUCUGUACAGGCAGUUCAGGACAACCAAAAUGGGGGUUCAUGAAUGUUUGAGAUGCAGAAAAAAAAAAGACCAAACAAUGCUGAUUUUCUUAAGAAAAAAAAACAGCAAAAAAAUAAAAAGCAUUUGGAAUGUCACCACAGCCACAGUUGUCAUGAACUGCUUGCAUUUCAGCAACUUUUUAAACUCAUCUUCAAACAUGAUUUCAAACGAUAUCUGUGAUUUCUGGAUCGAAGUACGAAUCCAUGCAGUAUUUGUGCAGGAAAAGAAAGUUAGGUUGCAUUUAACUGUGGUUUGAACAGCAGGUGUAUUUGCUGUUUUCUGGCUGAAUGUUGCUGCUGCUGCUUUACUUUCAUGUUCAGACAAAUAUCUGGAAUACUGUAUGUUUGGUUGGCUGGAGACAGAAUACUGCUUGCAUUUUCAUUUUCUACUUUAAGUCUGCUGUAACUCAAUAAAAACACAACCAACUGUCAAACUUC